AUGGAUCACAGGAAAAAUGGGAGCCUUGCCCGCUGGGCGGGGUUACCGCUCUGCUGCUUGUUGCUCCUCCUGUUUAGCGUUCUCUCCUGGUGGGAGGAUGGCAGCGUCAGGGGAAGGAGUCUUGAAGAGCAAAGGACCAUCGGGACAAACGUAUGUAGUAAUAUCAUCCCGUUUUACCUGAACAGUCAUAAUUUUAUUAACCCCCUGCGGGAAAUUAACGUCUCAAAUAAUUUCUCCCUAAGGUGGAACAUCAACUAUAUAUACUUCGAAUACUUCAACGAGGAGUUUUUUGUAAAUUUUAAUCUACACAGUUUGUUGGUAAAGGAUGUGAAGUUAUACGAAUAUAGAGACAGGAGCGUUUUGCUUUUGGGGAAGGAUGCCUCCCAUGAUGAAGUGAAGUUUUUUAUUCGUGUGGAACAGGAUAGGAGUGUGCACCCUGGGGAAAUGAGAACCUUUUAUUUUGUCAUAAAUUCGGGGAAUGGUCCAAAUUUCAGCGCAUGUGUAAAUGUAAUGCUGGAGUUGAAUAUCGGCCUGGUGAAUAGGUACGGAGGGGCUCCACCAAGUUAUGCAACUGCAGUUAAUCACCCUACCAGUGGUGGAAGCGCCAAUGAGGUGGAAAGGCUCUAUUCCGAUAGGACCAUCGUGGAAGAGAAGAGAAGCAAACUCCCGGCACACCAUAAGGAUUACAUCAUCGUGAAGGACAACUACUACUACACUUCGAGUGAAGACUACUACGUUAGAUUCGAACGAGAGGGGGAGGAUCCCUAUGCUGAUCUGCAGGCGAACCAAGAAGUGGUCGUCUACACGGUUCUUUUAUUUACUCAAUUCAGCGAACACGGCAGUAUAAGUUUCUACUCCCAUUUAACAGAAGAUAUAACGAAAGAGAAAAAUUUCCACAUGAAUUUGAAAAAGUUAAGUUUGGGAAAAAGCUACUUGUAUAAUAUGAGCGUGGAUAACAUUUUAAGGUUGUCUCAUCUGGAUAAGGAAUGCACCAAGGGGUGUGUCAAAAGUGUGCGAACAAAAAAUGGGGUCUUACUACACGCCCUGUUGGAGAAUAACGCCGUGUAUAAAUUUGACGUUAAAUACAUUUUGGGAAGGGGUUCCCCCGGUGGGCUAGCCACGAACCGUAAUGAUGGUGCGCAUUUUAAUGUAGAAUUUUCCAUCGUGAGGAAUGCAGCGGAGUACACCAUGAUGGACUUCAUCCGUGAACACUUCACCAGGGAGUGCAUGCACAAUACCUUCUUCCCGAGUGGAAUCGUCCAAACGGGGGAAGAAACGCCCUUGGAGAAAUAUUCACUAAAACAGUGCAAAGAGGAGAAGAGGGAGAGUUGCACUCCAGCUGACGCGGAUGAUGACUUCAUCAUAUACGGCAGGACGAUCGAACUGAACGAUAAUUUCAUUUUCAACUUUGAUCCCAUUAAAUUCUUUGAGCAAAAUAAACAAGUGAGCUUAACCAUCACUGAGGAGAGUCUUUUCAAUUUGGUCGUUACAUCUAAGGCAGAUAACGUUUACAUAAAUUUGCUGAAAAAGGACUCGUCUCAUGGGGAGAAGGUGUGCAACACGUACUACAUGAAUAACCUAAACGACUACACUCUUUUUAACUACAUGUCGAAGGAGGUGGAUCAUUUUGCGAACGCACAUGUGAAUAAAGCGUUUGCUGGUGAUUAUAGGGAUGAUGAAGAGGUACGGAGGAAGAAGUUUUCCCAACACAAUGUGACUUACAUAAAUUGCACCCUACCCAAGGGGGAAUACUACCUAAGGAUAAGCGUCGAUGGGUAUAAUAUGAUCUGUGACUCGAACGAAGUCAGCCUGAUUAUUCACCCGUUAAGUAUAUACGAGGAGAGGCACAAAUGCGACAGCAGCAUGAAUGUUGUGACGGAUCUGUUUUACUACCACUUGAGGUCGGAGAGUAAGAAGAACCGGGAGGAGUUUUCCAACCUGAUCAGCGCACCUCAGGGGGAGGAUAUCACCAAUGUAGAGAGGACCAACUCGACAGCAGGUCAGGUAGAAUGGCAAAAGAGUAUCCAGGAAGACGCCAGAACAUACCAGAACAUUUACGAAAACAGGUGGAUUCUGAACAACCCGAUAUUUCAAGACUUCGACUUUGUGAUUCUGUACGAGAGGCACAUCACUGACAGGGUGGAUGAAUUGCUCGUCACGAUAAACAACUCCAUUUUCGUGGACCUUUUCUUUGUAAUUGUAGAACCGGUGAGGGAGGAGACCUCUUAUUAUUACAUUUACAGAAAUUCUAGGAACGUUUCCAAGUAUAAGAUCAAACACGGGGACCGACCCUUCACCAUUUAUCUAAUUGCCUCCACCAUGCACCACCCAGGGAAGCAGCUUUGCGGUUUUUUCUUUAUCGACAUUGACUUGGUGACAAAGAAUAAAUUAACAGAAGAAGAGAAAGAACCAGAUAAUACGAAACCCACAACCAGUGCACACAACAUGGUCAGCAGGAUCAACUAUAUCCCUGAUCUGAUCAUCGGCUACGACUCCUACUCCUUUAGCAACUUCUGCUUCAUUCCAAAGUUUAAAAAACAUAGCCUGAUUAUCUACAUAAAGGAAAACUCUAUUGUUAAGAUAAAUUGCUUCAGCACCAACUAUGUGUAUAUUUGCCUGUACGACCAGAAUAGGAGAAAACUCUACGAUGGGUACAAUCAGCUUUACAUCGAGUCGUUUACAAAGGGGGAGUACGAAAUAGUGUUGCAGUUUAACGCGCCGAACGAUCAGAAGGACAACGCGUUCUUCUACCUUCAGAUUUAUGUCUUCCACUUGAGUUUGCUGGAGAGGUGCGCUGCGGGCGGAGCCUCCAUUACAGGUGCAGACAUAGGUAAAGACGUGGAAGAGGAAGCCACUACUAUUGCAUCGCAAAAUGCGGAAGCGCCCCCCGUAGCGACCACAGCGGAUAUACAAAACCUGUACGACCUGAGCCCGUAUGUCGAAGCUAGCAAUCUGGAUUCCACCACCCAUGCUAAUCAAACUCAAGUGAAGGACAAGAACACGUUCUGGUUUCAGGCCCCAAAUGUGUAUUACCUAUUCAAGAGGGACUUCCUGCUGCUCCAUCCGAAGAAGAGGAUUGUAAAGGAGCUGAUCCUCCCCCACGUGGCGAGCAUGGACCCCUCAGUAACGUUCCUCCUGAAGGUAGAACUCAUUUUUGCAAAGAAUUAUUUGCCCUAUAAGCUAGCCAUCCAGGAUGCUUCAAACAGUAGACUUCAAUACCAUGAUAGUUACACGUAUAAGAAUAAAAUUCUGAUGACUCUUCCCGUGGUGGGGAACAACCAUUCAGGAGAGGCCUCCCAGCGGGGGAAGGUCUUCAAACUGUAUGUAGACCUGUACGAAGAAGUGAACGAAAAUUUAAGAGACAACUUUUGCACAUACGCCUACCUGCACAUUAUCUACACGAGCGAGAUGGAGGCUUUUCGUCAAUGGGAUGAACAGGGCCUUUCCUACUCCACGGUGAACCUACCUCUGCUGUUGAAUAAUAUACUUUUCAAGGGUUCUCCAAGUGCAGCAACGAAAGCAAUUGGUGAAACGGCUAACCAUGGGGGUGGUAGCUCUGAGGUGAUUUAUCUUCGCAACUCCGACCUGCCUAUCGCUAACCAGAGCGUGCAGUACACCUUCGAACUGCUGAACAAUAAUGUGCUCCUGUUCCUAGUUAAGGAUAACCUUUUUUUUGAUAUGUACAUGUAUAGGGAGAAGAGAGACAUAAAGCUGAAUGUGUAUAAAUUUUCGGACACGCAGAAGUUACUCUCUGGGGGAGGAAUCACCUACAAUGAAGUGAUGAAGAAAGGAUCGUCACACCUAGGAGAAGAAAUUAUUUCCUUCAACAAGAGGCAGAUAUAUCUAUCCAUGUAUCUAACGAGGGGGCUAUACAUCUUUCAGUAUGAACGUGGGUCAGGCCCUUUUUUCGCAAAUCUGUCUGUGGUGUGGCAUUACGGGGAAGACAUACCAAGUGGGACUUACCUCACCGGGGAGGAAGUCGGUUUGGCGAAGGAGGAAGUUGCAGUUGUCCUUCCAAAGGGCAAAACACCAGUUCGCAGGGACGAUGCCCUGAUGAGGGACGAAGUAAAUUUUCUCUUCGGGAAGGAACUCAUCUGCAACGGAGAAACCAAACUGCACUAUGGAGGUAAGAAGCUCCAUAAUUUGACCUACUUUUGGCAAGAAAUUGUAAAAAAUGAAAAUUUUCAAAUUCUCGAAGACAGUGCCACCAGCGUGGAAGUAAAAAAAGGCGAACAGAAGAAUGCCCUCAUUUACAAGCGUUUUUAUAUAUGCUUAUCGGACCAAGGGGGGAGUAACUCUAAUGAUGAUACGCAAAACGGUAGCGAAACGAUUGACAAGAAUUACACACUUUUUAAUUUAAAAAUAGAAGAGAGAGCCCAAGUGUAUGUAGAGAUAAAACCCCACUAUCACUUCUUUGUCUACCCCUUUAACCUAAAUAUCGUUUCGAAAAGAUCCUUUUUUGACAUUUCCAGUGGGUAUAAAACCUCCAUUACGAUUGACCUAUACAAGGGAGAGUACGAAAUACAUUUGGCUUUUCCAGGGCUACCGAAGGAACAAGUAAAAGACAUCAUAUUCGACUUGGUCAUACUUAUUGUGUCGUCCAAAAGCGGGGAAAGCGAACCCCAGCAGGGAAAUGCACUACCCUAUGUGAGUAACUCUCCUGGAAGACCCCCUCAAAGUGAAGUCUGCAAAGCGUACCCAUAUAAACCCCUUUUCAACAAAGUUAAUCUGGUGGACAUCCCUGAAAAUGACGCAUCAGUGAGGAGAAAUAUAAUCUCCCCAAAAUAUAAAAAUAAAUAUUUUCACCUUUUCGGAAAAUUUUUCCUCAAAAAUUACAAGGAAGAAGUUUUCUUUACCAUCCCACGUGGUGAUUACGUUUUGAAAAUUUUUUGUCUCCCUAUUGAUGAGUCAACGGAAGAAAGUAUGACAGCAGAGGACGGGGAAAAAAAUCAGAUUGUAAACAUGAGGAGCAUCCCCCUUGGAAAUUUCUCAGACCAAUCAGCGAACUUUGUAAACUCCUUUCUGAACGUACGAAAUGUGUUUAAUAUUAGGGUUGUUCUGGACCCUUCGGGGGAAGCCAACCAGGGUAGAGAUGGCAAGGAAGAUCCGUCACAGAACAACUCCCUCUUUUUGUCACCCAUGUUUGCCAACGAGGAUGAGGAGUUCAUGUUGAAUCUGUACCAAGUAGAGAAGAGCUUCAAACUGGUAAUCAAAACGAAUAGCUAUUUUUGUAAUUAUUUCCAGCUAGUGGUAAGUCUUUACCCCCUGGACUUUUACAACCCUGUGCACAGCUAUGCGUAUGGGCAGGUGAACUCUCUGGAGAAAUAUAUGAAGAAUAUUCUUGACACGAUCUCUGUUAAGGCGAAACUAUAUGAGGACAUAAUAUUUGAGCAGAAGAAAUUUCCAUCGCAUCAGUAUAUGAGGAUAGAAACGGAAGUUGUGAAUUUGAGGAGCCCUAACAAGGAGCACUCCUUUUCGCUUCCCGUGGUUGUGCGUAAGGGGAGCUACUUCAAAGUUAACUUGGGAUAUGAUUUCUCUUUAGCCAGUUUCCAAAUGAAGCUCUCCAAAAACGGUGCGGCCAUUUCAAGCAGCAGCAAGAUGGAAGUCAGUCUGAAGGAAAACGCCCUGAACAUAUUUGAAAAUAUUAGCCUGUACUUGGAAGAGGGAAGUUACACACUGGAGAUUCGUUCCUAUGACAUCAUUGCAAAUUUGAACAACAUAAAUAGAAACUUCAUCUUCUCCUUCUAUUUCGAGCUUGAAAUUUUCGAGUUUUCCGACGAGAAGAACAACGACGCAAUUCUGCUGGAUGUGUUUCCGCACAAUUCGAUGCCCGUCAAUAGGAGCUUCCCCUUUGGGGUUGAUAUAAUUUUCUGGGGAAAAGUACACGCGAAGGACGUACACCUGGAGGAUGAUCAGAAAACACACAUAGAGCCGACCAGCAUAAAAGCAAUAAAAUACGCGAACAUUGAGGUUCACAAAUUUGUUUUAUCCCCAGAAGUAAUGAACAAAGUGGAAAAAAAUUUUAUUUUUAAAUUUGCCCCAAGUUGUAAUAUCUAUGUUAAUCAGGAGAAGGAAAAAAAGUUAAAGUUUACCCUCUCGACUGAAGACAAGAGUGUUCCCAUCGGAGAAAACGUUUAUGAAGAGGGAAAAGGGGCAGCAAUCAUAACGAGUGAAUCGAAUGAGCGAAAUGGCCAGGUGCACCCAGAAAGUGUGAAUAAUUCCUUCCUCUUGGAGGAUGAACAGAAGGAAGUCCCGCCCGACAGUGGUAGAACAAGCUAUCUGGAAGGGAAUUCCCAGAAGGACAGCGUGUACGACAUCGACCGUGUCAUCCAGAACUUCCGACUGAAUGAAAAGAAAAGAAGGGACGAAGAAGAAGAAGCCUCCACCAUGAGCAAUCCCUCGAAGGGAGAAAUAGACGCGUGUAUUCCGCUGACCAUACUGACAAUGGAAAUUUACUGCUUCGAGAAAAGUUACUUUCUCAUUUUUAUUUUUUUUUUGUGCGUUUGCUUUAUGAUGUGCGCGUUCCUAUUUGUGGUUUUAAAAUUGUACAAAAACUGGAAGUACUACAGGAAUUACGACGUCAUUACGGAGAGUGAUGAGGUGGUCAACCUGUUCGACGAUGACCACAUAUAG